CAUGAAGAUGGCCGCUGCCAUGGAUGUUUUGCUGUAUCUAGUGGUAUCCACGCUGUAUUUAUUUUUUGCGGUGUCUGCGGGUGUACCUAUUGUUGUCAACACUUGGCCAUUUACCAACGCGACAGUCGGAGCCUGGACUCGUCUGUACAAUGAGAAGGGCAGCAGUGUGGAUGCUGUUGUAGCUGGUUGUCGUGUGUGUCAGACGCAGCAGUGUGAUGGCACAGUUGGCUAUGGUGGAGAUCCCGAUGAAGAAGGGGAGGUCACUCUUGAUGCUAUGAUUAUGGAUGGGAAAACAAUGGAAGUGGGAGCUGUUGGAUGUAUACGUCGUAUAAAGGAUGCUAUUGGUGUGGCCAGGGCUGUGAUGGACCACACUGGACAUUCACUGCUGGUUGGAGAGUUAGCUACAAAGUUUGCUGUGGAAAUGGGAUUCAAAGAAGAAAACUUGUCUACAUCUCGAUCAGAUAAAAUCUACAAGGACUGGAAAAGUUACCAUUGUCAACCAAACUUCAGAAAGAGUGUCACACCAGACCCCAAACACAACUGCGGGCCAUAUUCAUCUUUGGGGCUAAAAGAGAGUUACACCAAGGGAGAUAAUUCACGUAAGAGAUACAAUGUGCAGAGGAGAAAUCACGACACCAUAGGAAUGGUAGCUAUUGAUGCUAAUGGACAUGUUGCCGCGGGAACAACCACAAACGGGCUAGAUCAUAAAAUCCCAGGGAGAGUGGGAGACUCACCAAUCAUGGGAGCAGGAGCAUACGCUCGGAAUGGAGUGGGAGGAUCAGCGUCGACGGGAGAUGGGGAUGUCAUGAUGAGAUUUCUACCGUCAUUCAAUGCCGUCAACCUGAUGUCGAUGGGCGUAGAUCCAAACACAGCUGCGGAGAAAGCUCUGAUUCCUAUUAAAGAGUUCUACCCAACGUUUAGUGGGGCUGUAAUAACUGUUAACAAUGCAGGCAUUGUUGGAGCUGCGUGUCACGGAUUUGCUGUUUUCCAGUUUUCUGUAGUGGACAUAGCAUCACAAGGAGUCCAUAUCCAUUACAAGAACUGUUCCAACUGAAUGGCUUUCUGAUUAACUUCCAUUAAAGUUCUGAACUGUUGAACUAUAAUGAAAUAUUUGAACGAAGCUAUAACUGGAAUUGUAUAUGAUGUAAACAUGAUACAUUUUCUGUGAGUUUUAGCUUGUGAACAACAUGUUAUUGUCACGUACAACACUCAAAGAUUCUGUGAUAUAGUUAUGGUGAUUGUCUUUAUUCAGUGGGCAGGGUAAGGGGAGCUCAGCAUAAUAGGAGGUACAUGCAUAAUAAACACAACAUUCCCUUAUACAAAUGUAGUAGGAGUGGGAAAAUGCACGGCCAGAUCAUACAACUUACAAAACAUUCCAUAGGCCUAUGCACACAUGCACACACAUGUAAAAUACCCAACUUCCACACAACAAACACAACACAACAUUCCCUUGUACAACAUUCACAUCAUAACAUUCCCACAUACAACAUCUCAUCUAAUGACUUUCCGUAUAUAUUAAUAUAUUGUAAAACUCUAAUAACAUAACACAACCUUCUCUCAUACAACAUUCACAACACAACAUUCCCUCAUACAACAUUCGCUUCUAAUCCUUCAACCAGACAAAUAUCUUUAAGUGCAUUAUAGUCUGGGAGGUAGCAUUAUGUAUUUAUUUUGUAUAUUUACUUUUAAAUAUUUUCUUUGUCAAACAUUUUUGGGGUGUGUUGAAAAACCGCAAGGGUGCAGAUGAUGUACAAAUUCCAAUUAAUCAUUUUAAUGGUCUGUGAAAGAAGUAAACUCAUAAAAUGUUCAUUUAUAGAAAAUUUGUUACCUCUGUAUGCGUCUUCUGUCAAAUGAUGUUUGACUAUGAAGAAGAAUAUGGAUAUUUCUAUGUCCACUUUUGAAUGUUAUCUAUUUUUUUUUAUAAAACACACAUGUUACGGUGUAUGUUUUUUUAUCUUCACUGACCUAUACGUAGGUGCCUUCGUCAGUUAUGGGGUUUAACCAUGCUUACAAACUCUCUAGAUCUAUUUACACAGUAAACGUUCCUAAUUGUUGUGAUGUUUAGGGUCCAUAGGAUAUAUAGGUAAAUAUUACAGGAGACUGGAGUCAGUAAUAUGACAUAUGUAAACAACAACCGUCCAGUGUGUUUUGUACAGAUCUGUUAGUUUACAUUAAUUACUUUGUAAAUAAUUCCAGUGUGAUUUCGUGUGUGGUUACAGCUGUUAUGAGGUGUGAUAGUUUACCUUUGGUUAUUGGAAUGGUCGAUUUUUAAGUUGAUUUUGAAAGUUAUAUCUAAUCCCUGUGGUGAGUAUGUCUGCCGAUGUUUGAUAAAUCAAUGAUGAUCGACGGGCGGUUGUCCGUAGACGUACCUUUGUUUAUAGAUCGUAUCGAUGGCAUGAUAUAUAGCAACGUUAAAGAUUCAUCUGAGACAAAGAUGAUGUGAUAGGACAACUGUUAAUAAACAUGUCCAGAAAUGUUUAAAUGACUUUUAAAAUAUUUUCUAUUUCAUAUAUAUUGAUAUAUUGUAAAACUCUAAUAAAAUCUAAUGUCUUUCUUGUUCUAAAGAAAUAGUCUAAUACUGUAUUAAAAAUUAACUAUGCUGGAUGUCCAUGGAUAUUUUUCAUUGAAUUUUUAAUUUAGUUAAUAUGCUAUAGUGACAUUAGAUUAAUUGACUAUCAUGUAUGAACAUUAUUAUAAUGUCAUUCUAGGUUACUAAUCUCUUUAAGAUUCUUUGUUUGGGUCUGAUGUCAUUGUCUUUUGUUUGGAUGAGAUGUCAUUGUCUUUUGUUUGGAUGAGAUGACAUUGUCUUUUGUUUGGAUGAGAUGUCAUUGUCUUUUGUUUGGAGGAGAUGACAUUGUCUUUUGUUUGGAUGAGAUGACAUUGUCUUUUGUUUGGAGGAGAUGGCAUUGUCUUUUAUUUGGAUCUGAUGACAUUGUCUUUUGUUAAGAUCUGAUGACAUAGUCUUUCGUUUGGAUGUGAUGACAUUGUCUUUUGUUUGGAUCUGAUGACAUUGUCUUUUGUUUGGGUCUGAUGACAUUGUCUUUUGUUUGGAUGAGAUGACAUUGUUUUUUGUUUGGAUGAGAUGACAUUGUCUUUUGUUUGGAUGUGAUGACAUUGUCUUUUGUUUGGAUGUGAUGACAUUGUCUUUUGUUUGGGUCUGAUGUCAUUGUCUUUUGUUUGGAUGAGAUGUCAUUGUCUUUUAUUUGGAUCUGAUGACAUUGUCUUUUGUUUGGAUGAGAUGACAUUACAUUGUCUUUUGUUUGGAUGAGAUGACAUUGUCUUUUGUUUGGAUGUGAUGUCAUUGUCUUUUGUUUGGAUGAGAUGACACUGUCUUUUGUUUGGAUGAGACGUCAUUGUCUUUUGUUUGGAUGAGAUGUCAUUGUCUUUUGUUUGGAUGAGAUGACAUUGUCUUUUGUUUGGAUGAGAUGUCAUUGUGUUUUGUUUGGAUGAGAUGACAUUGUCUUUUGUUUGGAUCUCAUGACAUUGUCUUUUGUUUAGAUCUGAUAACAUUGUCUUUUGUUUGGAUGUGAUGUCAUUGUCUUUUUUUUGAUGUGCAGACCAAACCUUCUUGUACAUACAUGUAUAUAAUGUUGAUGUGUGACUUUUCUCUAGGUUAGAUGUGUAGACAAUAUCAAUCAUGAUGGAAAUGUUGAAUCAUUAUUUUUUUACAAUAAAUUAUUUUUUUCUAG